GCAAGGACAAUUUCACACCAAAAUGUGGAGAGAAUUUGUUUAACCAACUUGAGAACAUCACUGCUCAAGUGCUCCCACCACAAGUAGUAGUAAAGUAUUUAGACAUGGUGCUGAAUACCCAGGAGCAGCUUCUAAAGGUUGAAACAGCAAGUCCAGAAAAAAUCGCAUCUUAUGGGAACACAGUGCUGAAUAGGACUGAGAAACUGGUGUCUACAUUGGUGAAGCCAACAGAGACCACUGAAUCCGUUUCCAUCUCUCGCAAUGGCUUAGACAUUCAAGUCUUUUCAGUUGGACCAAAAGCUUCCAUGAAUGAAAUCCCUCAACUGAGGAUAAACAGCACUCAGAUGGACAUUGACCUCAUCCAGAUUUCAAAGAAUAAUAAUGGAUCAGCUGCUGCAGCUUUCAUGAGCUUCUCUAGCAUGGCGAGCAUGCUGAAACCCAGUUUCUUUAACACAACUAACAACACGGUAAAAACCAUGAUGUCCAUUGUGGUGUCAGCAACUCUGCCCAAAACCACCAACACACAGCUCUCAAGACCGGUCAACUUCACCCUGGAACACAUCGAACAAAUUGAUCCUAAUGGUACACUUUCCUGUGUGUACUGGAAUAACACUGUAUGGGAUGAAGAUGGGUGUUCCCUUCUCCAGACCAACAGCAGCCACUCUGUGUGCUCCUGCAUUCACCUGUCAACCUUCGCUCUCAUCAUGCAGACCAACCCAGACCAAAGUGACCCUCUCUUGGAGCUACUCAGCAUGGUGGCUGUGGCAGUGGGGCUGUUUUUCCUGAGUUUGUCUCUGUUGACCUUUGCCCUUUGUCGUCGAAACAUGAGAGUUAACCUCGCUCCACUGAUAAACCUGUGCAUCAGCCUGUUUCUGGCUCACCUCCUCUUCCUUCUCACACAGAAAUUCCUGCAGUACAUCGUCAGGAUUCAGCUGCUGUGUGCAGCAAUGGCAGGUGUUCUGCACUUCCUCUUUCUCUCCGCUUUUGUGUGGAUGUUCUUUGAAGCUGUUCUUCUCUUGAUUUCUGUGAAGAACCUCACAAAGAUCAGAUCAAAGCAGAAGGAAGUGCUCGGCUGGAAAUGUUUGAUUGUGAUUGGAUACAUUAUUCCUCUGAUUGUGGUGGGCAUGUCUGUUGGACUGUUUCCUGAUGGAUACGGCAGUAAAAAAUGUUGGAUUAAGACAGACAGGGACUUUGUCUGGAGUUUUCUUGGUCCCGUGUGUUUUAUUAUUAUAUUCAACUUGAUCUUCUUCGUCAUGAUCAUCAUCACUCUGAGAAAAAACGUGGCAGGACUGAACAGUGAAUUUUCCCAAAUCAAACAAAUGAGAAUUCUUGUCUUUAAAACACUGAUUCAGAUUGUCAUCCUCGGUUGUCCCUGGAUCCUGGGUUUCUUCGUAAAUGGCAGUAGGGUGUUGGAGAUUGUCUUCCUGUUCCUCAACUCCCAGCAGGGCACCUUCAUCUUCCUGGUCCACUGCAUCUUCAACCAAGAGGUGAGAAAGCAAUACAGGAAGUGGCUAAACACACUUUGCUGCUGCUUCAAGCCCUCAGCUUUGAGAGACGUGAUGGAAAACCCAACAUCCACACACUAA